CCAACAUGGCUGUCAGCGAGCGGAUAUCGCAGCUCAUGGGCGCCCUCGACUCAGGCACCGGCGCAGACAACUCGCGAGCGACCUCUCCUGGCGGCGACUGGCGCGGCGCCAAUGGCACAGUCGACGGCGGAGACAGCAGAAGCCGCCCACGCACAUUUCCGUACUUUGAGUACCUGCCGUAUCAGACUGAGGACCACAGCGAGCGCCUCGAGAGCUUGAACACAUGUCUGAAACAUCUCUACAUCGCCGUGUCCGCCGGCGACUUCGCCCCUGGUGCUGUGCACUGGACGCGCGAGAUUCGAGGCUGGCUGUCCCUCAAGUUCGAUCUCCCCCGCAGCACGCGAGUGAAGCUCGUAAGCUUAUACUACGAGCUGGCUCUUGCGCCUGGGCUGGACUACCUGGUAGCAGAACGCUUUGCAUCCAUGUUCAUGGUGCUGACCAAGCGAAAACACUACCUGCGCCCCGGCAAAGACCUCAUCCUCGACUGGCGACCGCUAUACAGAGAGCUGAAGCUCUUCGUUCUACCUUCGGAGUCUGGUGGCGCCCACCCACCAAAUGUUAAGCGCAACAUCCGAACACUGACGAAGAUGUGCACCUUUGCACAGCUGUACUUCGACCCCAACGAGAUACCUGCUAUGUUCGAGGAGCUGUUGCCCUUCUUCAGCACGUCGUUCAGCGAAAGCGCAUUCGUUGUCGUGGGUCUGCUGAACCUGCUGCUACCGACAAACGCAGCGCCAGAAAACAAGCCAAAUCUUCUACCGCAGGAAUACUUGCCCACCUUCUUCCACUGCUGGUCGCUAGUGAACCGAUCGCGGUUGUUCGAUGCACACUUCAUCGACACGAUUUCGAGACUGGCUAGAGACAACCUGACAGCGCCGCACAUCCCUUUCUCACAAUACGGCAUGUUCACUGGCGAGCAGAACUCACACAUAUUCACAGCGAUCCUGCGUCUUCUCGAGAUUCCAGUUGGACAGGCGACAUCGCCGUACAGCAAUACAGUCGAUCUUGGUGCUGGGUUGGCAGUCAUGCUGGAUAGGGACCAGCGGAAGCACCCUUCGACCCACCACAUCGCUCGAUUCAUCGGCAUGUCAUUGUCGCCGGCGUGUGUAGACCACCCAGACUCUAUUCUAAGCAAGCUAGAAGGCCUGAUCCAGGCUGUUGAGACGUUCUUCCACCCAUCGAAUUCCGGUAGUUGGACGAGGCCGCUCGCACAGUUGGUGUACUACCUUGCCGACUUCUUCGUACUGCGCUGGAACCGAGAACACAGUGGCGAGAUGGACGUGCCCAAGGAGCGCCAAUUGAACGAUGAAGUCAAGAGGCGUUUUGUGCUCUGUCUGCGAGAGGUCACAUUCAUGGGCAUCUUCAGCAAGAGCGACAAGGCUGUUCAGUAUGCGCUUUCUACGCUCCAAAGCUUAGCGUAUCUGGAACCGAACCUCAUUCUUCCAGGCGCACUGCAGCGAAUCUAUCCCGCCAUGCAGGGUCUUGUCGAGGUACAUCGCACUAUCUCCUCCAUUCGUGCGUUGCACAUGCUCUCGAAGAUCAUGGCGAAGACCAAGGGCUGGCGAUGCCAUGUCACAACUGUCCUUGGGCUGUCAUUGCCUGGCAUCGACGCCAACGAUUUGGAGAAGACGUUACAUACACUGCAGUACGUGCAGGGCGUCUGCUACCUUGUACCGUUCCACGAUCUUACAAAGGCGAAGAAAGCCUCAAACCCUUCUGGAGAUGGGACAGAGACGCCACAAGAGGACAUGGGCGGUGACACAGGGCUUGCCAUGCAAUGGAUCACGCAACAAGUCGAACGAUUAGAAAGCGCCAACGGCAACAUCGAGAUCAAUUAUGACGAAGAGCUUAGCGACGAAGACGAGCAGCUGAUCCUGCGGUCUUCCACAACAGGCCUAAACGAGUUCCUUAUCUCGUUCCUCGGUCGUGUGUUUACCCUCCUGGAGAAUCUGCCAGAUGCCUCAAGAGUUCGUAGUGGAUCUCCUGAGGAAUACGUGGUGAACCAUCUGCCAGCUGCAUUCACACCGUUGCUCGCUGCGCUUUCGCCGGAGCUUUACGAUGUUGCACUCGACAAGAUCGCCAACUUUAUCUCGAAUCACGUCAUUCAUCAGGCGCGAGAUGCGAUUGCUUUCAUUUGCAAUAGUCUUGUGAAGAUCAAUCCCGAAAAGGCGUUGAAGCGUCUGUUGCCCCACCUGUUUGCUGGCAUCCGUACAGAGAUCGAGGACAUUGGUGCCGGCUCGACGCGAACAACCGGCGCAGAGGUUCUCCCUCGCGACCGGGCUCUGGUCUGGAACCUCAGCAUCUUGAGCAUGUGCGUUGUGCAUGUUGGUGAUGCUGUUCUCGAGUGGAAGGAUGAUCUCUUCGAGAUCGCCGAGUACAUGCAACAGAAGUGCCGAGGCACACCCACCGUGCACGUCUCGAACUUCAUUCACCAUCUCCUUCUCAACCUGACAUGCACGUAUACCAUCGACUACGAUAUCUACGAGCAGGAUGAGCUUGCGCAGGGUAUCACUGCCGAGUCGUGGGGAAGGCAGGUCGAUGUGAAGAGCCUGAACGUCAAGUGGCACACUCCCAAGCCUGAAGAGGUCGAGUUCGCCGUCAAGCUGUUUGAGACCCAUGCCAGUAACUCGAUGAAUGCUCUUGUUGCACUCAUCUCGGCGGACUCGCCCAUCAAGCGAGAGGGCACUGGUAAAGACUGGUCAGAUGAAGUAUCGAGGAAUCUCGUCCUUCUGAGAUUGAUUAUCUCUGGUAUCUCAGUAUUGUUCGACGUUCGACAUGAUCAAGUCAGCGGAAGCAUCGAUGCUGGCUCUGAGAGUGGGUCGGAUCCUGACGCCAUGGACACGGAAGGCAUCGACGACGACGCUGGUCUGGGUGAGGCAGAGGAUGAAGAGGUCAAGCCUACAUUCCAGUACGAGUCUGGCUACCCGUUGUCUCGCGAGGAUAAGGAUUAUAAGCUCAUCCACGACCUCCGCCACCGCGUUGGUGAGAUUCUGCAUGACGUUCAUCGAUUCUUGAUCGAGAAGCAACCCGAUGAUGUUCCUUGCUUCAAUUCUCUGUACAACGCUUACCGAUCUUGGUUUAUCGAUGUUGGUAUUGAGCGUUCUGCGCAUGUCCUUGACCGCAUCUCUAGGCUACUCGACAACGAUGAGCAGCCAUUCAGGUUCAGCGGUUUGCGGAAACAGUACCCCCGACCACUCCUUGUCCGACGCGCCAACGUAUACCACUUGCAGCGCCUUCGACACAACGCCAACCCUCGGCCAAAGACUGAGCUCGACAAGCAGUUGCUGCUCGAUCUUGCAGAGUCCAGCAUAUCACUGUACACAGAGAUUCGACGUACAGCUCAGACCGCAAACGAAUCGGCCGUCAAGUGUGUACUAGGCGCUCGACCUCUUGUCAUUCCAUCGCUCCUGGACGCCUUUGUCAAGGCUGUUGCAGAGCAUGAUUACCCUCGCAUCAAGGGUGCGAUGUUUGCUCUGCUCUUCGGCAGUCUGGCAAAGACAAUUAGUCGUGACUGGAGGUUCACUCCCAAAUUGAUCAAGGCGUUCAUCGAAGUUACUGGUGCCGACAAGCCAUCAGUGCAGAAGCUUGCUACGAAUGCCACCUUCCAGGUCAUGGAUAUGGGCAAAGCAAUGGAGCGCAUGGUCAUUCUCGAUAAGGAUGUCGUUCAAGCGAUCGCAUAUGCCAUCGACUCCGCCGAGGACGAAGUUGUGCAGCAGAAGGUCACAAAGCGGCGUGAAUAUAUCAAGCAGAAGCGCGCUCGCAUUGAGGGCAAGAAGGCUGAUCUGUCAAAAGAACUGGUUCAGAUCGCUAAGACUGAGCACUGGAAGAAGGUCAGCCGUACAGCAGCCAUCAUCGUUAAUCUCGGGAUGCGCUACGAUACUAUUGCUUCUGAUGAGAUGAUCGAUCUCGUGGCGAAGGGCGCUAUCGACCAGCAUCCAAGCUUGCGAGGCCUUUACGCAGGAGCCUUUAUUGGCUUGUUCUCAGUCAUUCAGACGCGUGCAAUCACUGGCCACAGCUACGAAAAGUACCUGCUAGGCGAAGAGGAUUUGCCGGACAAGAUAUCGGUCACAACUCGACCUGAUGACCCGAAUUGGACAGAGGAGUACCUCGAGUCCUUUGCACAGCCUGAGGCAAAAUACUAUGUUGACUUCGACUACCCUGGUUGGCUGGUGUGGAAUAAGACCAUGCCUGCUUUCCUGCCGAACGCGCCUCAAGUAGAGUACGACGAAACCGAGAACACUGUCCGCAAGAGGAUCGCGAGCCACCUGACGCGCUCGUGGUUCUCGAACUACUUCGCAUUCAUGAAGCAGGAGCCCCGUGAUGCCAGCGCUGACCGCUUCCGUAUGUCAAGUGCGAUGCUGCUGACGCAUGCUUUCGAUCUCAUCUUCUGUGGCUUGACCGAGGCGACAUUCGAUGAUAUCAAGGACCUCACCGAGGCCGUGUACAGCGAUGGAAGCGACAAGCACCAGCAUCGCGCCACAUCCGAGAUCAUGGCUGCGCUGCUGUCUUGCGCACCAGAUCUGAAGCCGGACCAGCGAACAGAGGUUUGGGAGUAUGUGUUCCCGAUCGUUCGCAGCAUCUUCCAGGAUGGUCUUACACCUGAGAACUCGGGAUAUUGGACAACAUUCUUGCAUGUUGUCCUGCAAUCCAAGGAUCCGCGUCGAGGAUGGCCCAUGGUUGACUGGCUUGCAAGCUUCCGCCUCGAUAUGGACUCCAAUGCUGCUUUCAAGGAAAGCUCCAAGGUGCAUCUCUUGACACAGAUGAUCAGCGAUGCCGGCUGGCACUUCCGCUUGGAGAAGCCAAUCUUAGAGGACUUCAUGAAGUACCUCGAUCAUCCGUAUAAGGGUGUGCGUGAAGCGAUGGGACAGACUAUUGCGACAAUUUACCGCACGCGUUACCAUGAGUCAUACAAGGAUGUCGCUACCCUGAUUAAAGCACAGAAGGACGCCUCGUCAAUCGGUAUUCGCCCGUACCAACCCUCCGACGAGUUUACCGCCACAAUCACCGAAACCUUCGCCCGCCUCGAAGCCUGGCGACACCAGCGCGAGCCUGGUCAACAAACACCCUCCUCCUACACGUCGGGCGGUAAGACUGUCCUUCUCUGGCUGGACUCGACACUCUCUUCGUACGAAUGCACACAACUCGUCAAGUUCUUCCCUGAUGUCUUCAUGGAACAGCUCUUGCAUAUGAUGGACAUCAAGGAAGACCCCGAACUGCAGUCUCUUGCAUACCACGUCUUCCGCCAUUUGCCCAACAUUCCACAGCGCGAAGGCGAAGACUUGGACUUCAUUGCUGCGCUCAUUCGCAUUGGCAAGACAGCCACGAGCUGGCAUCAGCGUCUGCGUAUCUUGAUCAACGUUCAGGUCAUCUACUUCCGCCGCCUUUUCCUCAUGAGCUCGUCUCAGCAGCAAGAACUGUUCGACUGCGUUUCCUCUAUGCUCAGCGACGUGCAGCUAGAGGUUCGCAUGGGCGCCGCCGCAACGCUCAGUGGCAUGAUCCGCUGCAGUCCGCAAGCCUUCCGCGACAAGCAGGUCGAAACAUUGAAGAAGCGCUUCACUACCCAACUCACCAAGAACCCGCUUCCCAAGAAGAAGACAUCGGUUCAUGGCACGCCAUCCGCUGACCAGAAUAAAUUGGUAUUGACACGCCAUGCGGCUGUACUGGGAUUGGGUGCUUUGACGCAAGCCUUCCCCUACCAGUCUCCGCCACCCGCGUGGUUGCCGGAGGUUUUGGCGACGCUUGCGCGUAAGGCGAGCAGUGAUCCGGGCAUGGUGGGUAAGAGUGUGAAGACGGUGUUGUCGGACUUCAAGAAGACAAGGCAGGAUACAUGGCAUGUUGAUGUCAAGGCAUUCGAACAAGAACAACUUGAGGAUUUGGAGGGCGUACUAUGGAAGAGCUACUUCGCUUAAAACGUGUCGCAGACAACGCUUUUGAAAGGACGUAGGAUAAGGAGGGAGGAAUAAGGUGUACAAUACUACGAUAUGGCGAGACAUGAUAGCAUAACAGGCGAAAGAGCGAUACCACGGAUGCUAGUAUAGAAGAAACAAUUUCGAUUCCGAAAAUCUGUAAAUGAACCCUGGAGGUUGUCACGGUGCAACGAAACACAUCAUGGUCAACUUAAACAUCUAUAUGAG